CACGCGGGGCUGUCGAGGGCAUGGCGGCAGGCGCAUCGGCAGCAUGCGCGGAUGGCGUCGACGACGGCUACGGCAAGAGGUGCGAGUUGGUACAGCUCGAGGACGCCAAGAGCAUUCUGCGUGAGCGUGGCGCGCCGAAGUUCGCUUCCCGAGUCGGGAGGCUGAGCAAGCUUCGCAACGCCACAGGGCAUCCUGAUGUCGGAUUGGCGCGGGACGUGCGCUCCCACCUCACUGGCUCCGAUGCUGGCAGCACGGGCGACGGGCUCACGGAGCAGGAGAGCCUUGCGGGGUCGGGCGCCUACCCCCUCAAGAUGGUGGUCGUGAAGGAUCGGGCGCAGCCGAACGUGCAGCCGAACGUGAUGCAGGUGCGCACCUUCGGCGCGGAGCUUGAGGACGCUGAGAAAAAGAAGGUGCAGACUGUGGUGACGACGGGGGGCACCAGCGGCAAGGAGGACGCCAUGGCCGAGUGCGCCAGGAAGCACGCCGUCUCGAGCCAGGCGGCCCUGAGCGUUGAAUUUGCCAAAGCCGCCCUGGCCCGUGCGGAGGUCGGGCGUGACGACGCCUCUGAUGAGAUGACGGAUGCGUACUUGGCUCUGGGCGAGACCGAACAGCGGGAGGUCAUGGUGAAUCUCGGCCUCUCCCCCGUCUACGCGGCCGAGUUUUUGAGUGCCGCGGAGGCUCGUGCCCUCCUGCGGCACGUCGGUCGGUGCUGUCGUGGAGGCUCGUG